AUGGUUAGAUUUUGGGUGGAUGGUAUCGAGGUGUUUUUUCCAUACCCAAAAAUUUAUCCAGAACAACUGGCUUACAUGAGAAGUCUAAAAAAUGCCCUGGACGCCCAUGGUCACGCUGUUCUGGAGAUGCCAACAGGAACUGGUAAGACCGUUGCGCUUUUUAGCUUCGUCGCCAGUUAUCAAUUGGCUCGUCCAGAGGUUGGAAAGCUCAUAUAUUGCACCCGUACGAUACAUGAGAUGGAAAAAUCGCUGUUAGAACUUAAAGAAGUCAUAAAUUAUCGCAACGCAGAACUGCGAAAAGACAGAUUAGCCAAAAAUGACAUUGCUGUCAAAACAGAGCCGGGUCCAGAAGCUUCGUCUGCGGUAGACAAGUAUAAUCGUACUGGUACCUGGCCCAUUAUACAUUUAAACACACAUUUAGGGUAUUUUUUGGCGUUUGGAUUAUGUUCAAGACGUAAUUUGUGUAUACACCCAGAGGUUUCAGCUUGUGCUGAUCGCACAAAGAUUGAUGAACGCUGCGCGGAUUUAAUGUCUUUGUGGCGCAGAGUGCAAUAUGAGGAAACACAUCAAACCAAAGCUCGUGAAUUUACCAUCGAAUUUGAAGGCACAGAUUCAAAUCCACAGAGGCAGGCCCCCAGCACUUCAGCUGUGGAAAGAGUUCCAGACAUAGAAGAAUACAAUUCUAUGGGUCUUUGUGGAUAUCAUGAAAAUAUGGAGAAUGUGUGGAACAGAACCCUUGUCCCUGCAGGUGUCUAUACAUUGGAAGGGUUAAAGGAACACUGUAAUAAUUUCAAGAAUCCAACAAAUGGGAAGCCCGCUCCAAUAUGUCCAUAUUUUAUGGCACGACGUUGUAUAGAAAUGGCAAAUAUUGUUGUUUUGAAUUAUCAAUAUAUGAUUGACCCAAAGGUUUCAGAAUCGGUUUUUUCACAUUUCUCCACGGAUAAGUCUAAACAAACAAAGUCAAAGUUGCCAAUUGUAGUUGUGUUUGAUGAAGCUCACAAUAUUGAUAAUGUGUGUAUAGAAGCCCUUAGUGUGGAGUUGAAUGGUGAGACGUUGGAUCAGGCAUACACUGAUCUGGCUCACCUUGAAGAGAAUAUACGUGUUCUUAGAGAAAAGGAUGAAGAUGCACUGUUACAAGAAUAUAACAAACUACUGGAGAAUUUAAAAAUGGAUACAUUAGAUAUCGAAGGAUAUAUGAGCCCAGUUCUUCCAGAUGAUAUUUUGAUGAAAGCAGUGCCAGGCUCCAUAAGGAAAGCCGAGCAUUUUAUAUCGUAUUUAAAAAUCAUCAUAGGAUAUCUUAAAAAGUAUAUUAAAGUAUUUGAAGCAAAAUCGGAGGGCCCACUUAUGUUUUUAUAUAGAUUUGAACAUGAAACUGAUAUACUAGCGGAAACAAUGCAGCAUACAUAUAAUAGAAUGAAAUCUCUGUUGAAUACACUCAAAAUGACAUCAGUGGGUGAUAUUUCUUCUCUACAGUUAGUGGUGGAUUUUUGUACACUUGUAGGCACGUAUUCUGCCGGAUUUAUAGUUAUAGUAGAUCCAUAUCCUAAUGGCUCUAUAUAUGACCCUCUUUUACAGUUUUCUUGCCUGGAUGCCUCUAUAGCAAUGAGGCCAGUACUAGAGGGAUUUAGGUCUGUUAUUUUAACAUCAGGGACUAUAUCACCACUUGAAUUUUACCCCAAAAUAUUGAAUUUCACACCUGUUUUAACACAGUCGUUACCAAUGUCUUUUGAUAGGGAUUGCUUAUGUCCUAUAAUAGUAUCAAAAGGUGCUAAUCAAGUACAAAUGUCAACUAGAUUCGAUUUACGCACAGAUGUCACUGUUUUAAGGAAUUAUGGCAGUUUGUUAAUUGACUUUUGCAAACAUAUCCCGGAUGGAAUCGUUUGCUUCUUCCCGAGUUAUGCAUAUAUGGAAUUAAUAUUGUCUCAUUGGUAUGAAUGUGGAAUUUUAUCGUCCAUAAUGGAGCAUAAACUAAUUUUUAUGGAGACACAAGAUGCUGUAUCAACAACUUUAGCUCUAUAUAACUAUCGCAAAGCAUGUGACGUCGGAAGAGGUGCAGUUUUCAUGUCUGUUUGCAGGGGAAAAGUUGCCGAAGGAAUAGAUUUUGAUAGACAUUACGGACGUUGUGUGGUUUUAGUUGGUAUUCCAUUUCAGUACACCCUUUCCAGAGUACUAAAAGCUAGGCUGGAUUUUAUGAGGUGUAACUAUGGGAUAUCUGAGAAUGAGUUUAUCACAUUUGAUGCAAUGAGACAGGCUGCACAAUGUGUAGGACGUAUUAUCAGGAACAAAAAUGACUUUGGAUUAAUGGUUUUCGCUGAUGCUCGAUAUAGCAGAAUUGAUAAAAGAUCAAAACUUCCUCCUUGGAUAUUAAAGAAUAUAGAACCAUCUAAUUUAUUUUUAAGCACAGAAAGCGCGGUUGCUGUUGCAAAGGCAUUCUUUCGCAAUAUGGCACAAGAUUACACGCCAAAUAUAUUUACUAGACUUGAUCAAAAGAUGCUUGAUGAUGAGCAAAAUUGCUGGUUAACUGUCCAGCGUGUCUUGCGCCUACGCCAUGGCUAA